AUGUCUCAAUCGUUCUUCCUCGCCGCAAAUUCUCCCGCUCGCCGCCCCCUGCAUCAGCUCGAGGGAACGGUGGCCGCUCCAGAUAUGGUCGCGGAUCCUAUGCAGGGCCACCAUCUCCCCCCAGACGACAUGGCGGUGGUCGCCAUACAGAACGACAUGACAUCUAUAGACCCCAGUCCACGUCCAGAUCACGAUCUCCAGUUCGCUCUCGGUCAUAUUCAUCUGAAUCUCGGUCACCGCCACCACGCAGAGGUAGUCCCUACGCGGACUCCCGGCAUCACAGGCGCCGAAGCCCGAGUUACAGCAGCUACGGUUACAGCAGUCGAAGUCGCAGUCCAGACCGCAACCGAGGCCGUAAUCGACAUUAAGCAUCAAUUGUUCUGCAGCCCUAUAACUUGA